CGUCGUCAAAGAAGAAAUAAAGGAAGAAGACCGCAAGCAGGGAUGCAGCUCCUCAUCCCAACAGAAAGAGGUGGUGCCAGAUCUGGAGGAGUGCUGUCUGACUAUUGACGACCCGAUAUCGUCCGACAUCACCCUCCACACCACCAUAGAGAAAGUCGUCAAGGACUUCUUUAACACUGUCCCAGUAACAGUUGCUGCCACCACAGCUCCGGUCCCAGCACAGACAGCUGAGACUGGAGAAGGACAAAAACCAGAGAGAAAACAGAGGAAGAGUCUCUUCAGCAUCUUUGAGAGAAAGAAGAAAGCUGAGGAGGAGAAACCACCAACACCAUCCAAAAGCAAGAAAACUAAACAAAAUGCCAAGAGUCGUGCAAAGAGGACCAUUGUCAACUUUGGAUUUCCAAACAUCGGACAGACGUGCUAUCUUAACUCUAGCCUGCAGAGUCUCCUGUCCCUGAAAGACCUCUUUGCUGGCAUCAGAUCUAUGGAGCCGGUCUGGAGCUCAGUCCCUGGAGCUCAGCUGCUGAGACAACUGAUCCAGCUCCAGGAGAAGCACGCGUCCACAGCCUCUAAAGAUAAACGCCGUCUCCUGCGCUUGUUUAAGGACACAGUGUCGGGCCAGGCUAUGGAGUUCAGGGAUGAUGAACAGAAGGAUGCUCAUGAGUUCCUGACAUCCGUCCUGGACCAGAUUCAGGGUCUGUGUCCUCUCUUGAAGGAGGCGGCAGCAGGCUCAGGGACAACAUACACCUGCCCUGUGGAAGAGAACCUGGUGUUCUGGAUGGAGAACACCAGGACAUGCCAGACAUGCGGAGCCCAGAACACAAGACGGGAGAAGUUCACCAACAUUUCUCUGGAUGUGAUUCCUGGAGGGACCACUGAGGAAAUGUUGGAGGCCUACCAAGAGGAGGAAGCUUUUGAGUUCACCUGCCAAUGUGGAGGGAGGAUUUCCACCCUGAAGUCCACACUAGACACCCUGCCAGGAGUCCUCAUCAUGCAUCUGAAGCGUUUUCGCUUCACUCCAACGUUCACCCUGGAGAAGGUGGAUGACCCCGUCCAGGUCCAGAGGGACAUGGUGGUGUCCUCUAAUCAAGGUGGCGGCUGCUACAGUCUGGUCAGCACCAUCAACCACUUUGGCACCGCACAAGGAGGGCACUACAUCGCUGAUGCUCUACAUCCAGACGACUGUCCGUACGAGCCGACUGACCGCUGGCUCACACUGAACGACUCAAAGGUCACUGAGACAGUCGGCUCAUCUGUAUGCAAAGAAAGGAAGGAGUCGGCAUACGUCCUUUUCUAUAAGAGACACGUCUAGAACUGGAUGAAUACUGGAGACUGGAAGAGCAUCAGGAUCCCUCUGAUCAUGUAUUAACAACCACAGGGACAAGGUUAAGUAUGUACUAACCCUCUGUUGUCUUCGGGUACAGAUUCUAGGGGCAGGGACGUGUCGUUUAUCAAUCGAGAGUCAGACCCAGAUCUGGGGGACUGCUGUCUGACUAUCGAUGACCUGAUACUGUCUGACGUCAACGUCCACGCCACCAUAGAGAAAAUCAUCAAGGACUUCUUUAACAUAGAAGGACAAAAACCAGAGAGGAAACAGAGGAAGAGUCUCUUCAGCAUCUUUGAGUUUUUACUCUGCAGAAAAAGAAGAAAGCUGAGGAGGAGGGACCACCGGCCCCAUUGUAAAGAAAACAGAACUUGAUGACAAGAGUUGUGCUACCUUGACUCCAGCCCGCAGAGCCUCCUGUCCCUGAGGAAAGAUCUCUUUGCUGGGAUCAGAUCUAUGGUGCCGGUCUGGAGCUCAGCUACUGAGAUGGCUAUAGUCGGCUCAUCUGUAUACAAAGAAAGGAAGGAGUCGGCAUACGUCCUUUUCUAUAAGACGCACGUCUAGAACUGGAUGAAUCCUGGAGACUGGAAGAGCUUUAGGAUCCCUCCCUGUGUCACAUUUUACCCUCAAGAAAAUGAUUUACAUAAACUUGUUG